AUGCGCCGUGCUUUUAGGCGUCGAGCGCCAGAAAACCUGGGGAUCGGGAACGUCGUUGCCACGACGCACCACCUGAAGGAUAGCUCCCACCAAGCAGGUAUUCGGAGCAGACAGCGGUGUGCUCGCUUGCUACUGAUUGCGAUGCUACUGGUUGUGAGGAUCGGAGCCGCAGAGCUUGCCGUCAUCACGGACUGCGACGAAGUCUUCAACUACUGGGAACCCUUACACUUUCUCCUAUACGGAAGCGGAUUGCAAACCUGGGAGUACUCGCCAGAGUAUGCACUUCGCAGCUAUCUAUAUUUGUUGCUCUUCAAGAUUCCAGUUCUUUGGUGGCGUUGGAUCGGCCGUGGCCUAGGCUCCGAAAAAACAGCUGCUUUCCAGAUAAUCCGCAUCGUGAACGCCGGUUCCUGCUUCGUUGCUGAGGUCUCGCUUGCUUUCAGUAUGGACCAGCUGUACCAGGCAUCGAACACGGGGAAUUGGUAUCUUUUGCUGUCUGCGAUGUCAGCUGGCAUGUUCUAUGCAAGUCCAUCGGUCCUGCCCUCCAGCUUCACGAUGAUUCAGUUCAUGUUUGCGUACGCAUCGUGGCUUAGCGGCAAGCAACUUGUUUCCAUGAUGCUCGUGGCCAACGCGGUGCUCGUCGGCUGGCCGUUCGUCGGACUCCUGGGGAUUCCGCUUCUGCUACCAGUGGAAAGGCGGCUGCCACCGGGUCGAUUCGUUGUGUUAGCAGGAGUCUAUGCUGCUAGCACUCUGGCUGUCAUGACGCUCGUAGACAGCGCGUACUAUGGCCGCAUCGUCGUCGCACCUAUGCGUCUCGUGUUGUACAAUGUGUUCCCGAACAAGGACAGAGGACCUGAGGUUUUCGGCACAGAGCCCUGGUCGUACUAUAUCAAAAACAGUAACUUGAAUUUCCCUCUGCUUUUCGCCUUCGCAGUUUGGUACGCCGCAGUGCAGUUGCUCCACGUAUUGCGGCUCCUCGGAAAGCGUACUGGUUUCGCUUCCUCAGCAGACUGGCGUCUCUGCAAGGUAGAGGCCCUGGUGUUUGGCGCUUUUCUUUCCUGGUUAGCUGUUUUCUCGGCACAAGCGCACAAGGAGGAGCGAUUUCUCUAUCCGAUCUAUCCACUUGUGUGCUGGGGCGCCGCUCGAUGCACAGUCGUUUGGCGCAGCUUUGAGCGUGGAACGAGACGCAUCGGCAGGUUUCUGAUGAGGGCUUUGCUGGUCUUGGGUGUCGUUGCCAGCUGGUCUCGAAUUAUAGGUCAGCAGCGUUUCUACGCAGCACCGUUUAAGGUGUUCAGGCACCUUGCGAAAAUGCACUGUGCACAAUCUGCAUGCACGUUGUGUAUGGGCGAUGAGUGGCACCACUUUCCUUCAUCGUUUUUUCUUCCAGGAAAUACAACCUUGCGUUUUGUACGAAUGAAUGCUUCAAGUCUUCUUCCGAAGCCGUUCGUAUCCACGAAUAUCGUACCAGAAGGCAUGAACGAUAGGAAUGCGCCUGUCUACGAUGAUCGUUUCGUUGCAAGCAUUGCGGAGGAGUGUGAUUUUUUCGCGGGUUUGGUGAACGACGUCAAGGCGCCACCCGCAAUGUUCAGAAACUGGACGCUGCUGGCGACUGCAACUUUUCUCGACAGGAAUCAGGCGAGAGGCCUCUGCAGAGCCUUUUAUAUUCCAGGCUGUUCGAUGCGCUUGCCGACGAGAUCUUUCGUAGUGCUAACGAAGGCUCCUCGGGAAACGAGCUAG